UUUGUCAUAGAAAUCAUGACUGCAAGUGAACUUAAAAAAACAUCUCCAUCAGCUUAUUGUGACUGCUGGGAAAAAUGUGAAUGUAAAGCUUUGGUCACUGGAAAUAUUGCAAAAAGGGAACAAUUGCUUUCUGGGAUGUUACAAUGCCCUGCAUUGAUUGAUGGCCUUAAUUCUAAAGGAGAACACAUUUUGCUUUUCUUGGCUCGCACUGUUGGUCGACAGUUGAUAGAACAAGAGGGCUAUACGAAGCGUAGUAAGCGCCCUGGGCCUACUACCACAACUACAGCAUAUGGUGUUCCUAUCCCCGAACAUGAUCUUGAACCACCAAAAUUUGCAAGAAAAGGUUUUUUUUAA